UGCAAGGGUAAGUAUCCCACGGAGAGGAUCAGGCAAGGUGGAUGCUAAUUGACAUACAGCCCGGGUGAUAAACUCCAGGCCCUGAGCUCAGUGUCUGCGUUCGUGUCCACGACGAUGGAUGGCUGGAAGAAUAUUGAGUCCAAGUACUUGGAGUUGAUCUUUUCCGGUGACGAUGAACAAGUGAAUGCUCUUUACCGCAUGAUCCAUGGAGGCGCCAUGAACGCUGCCGUGAACGGACUGCACAUGGACAAAAUCAAGAAAGACGUCGAGAAGAUCCUUUACAGCCAGAUGAUCCCCUUUGCGUGGAGUGUGUCGCCCACCGCGGCGCGUCCCUUCAUCUGGUUAGUUUUCUUUUUUUCCCCUUUGGUCUUGCUCCAGCGAGCAACAUUUGGUCGGAUACCCUUUUAAAAAUGACUAUGGCUAAUACCCACUGCAGGAGAAGUCAGUCCGAUUGUGACGAAAACACCAAGGACAUUCAAUUCGACACGGACAAACAAAGCUACCAGUUCUUCACGAACGACGUCGCCACGAAGACAUACGUUUGCUAUAAGGGUAAAGCGACCUACCUGCUCAACGCCCUCGACCCGGAGGACAAGGAUGGCUACAACCCCCAGCUUCUCCCCGGCGGAGACCUUUUCAACCUGGACGGCACCAAAUGGGGCGGAGUCACUUUGGCGGACAUCGUGGAAAGCAGCGUGGAGGGAUGGGCUACCAACAACAAGAAGAACGGAUGGGCGCGGCCCAACGUGCAGGACAUCGUCACGGAAUUCGGCGAAACCCAGUACAGCAUCCGCACUCCCGGCUUCUUCAACAUCCCCGUCUGUGAGAGCGAAAAGGACAUCACGUUCAAUCUGAACGACAAAAGGGUAGACAAGUCGGCCCCGUUCUGGCCGUGCAACCCGCCUGAGAAUUACCGCUCGGAGGGCACCGACAUCGUGAGUACCUCCUGAUUUCUAUGAAGGACCGUCACUCACACAUCGCUACACAGAAAAUCGACAAGGGAUGUAUUAUUGUCAACAGCUCCAAGAUCUGCCACAGCACUGGCG